CACCCUAGGCCGUUAUACAAAGUGCCCUAAAAGUUAAUAGAGGCCACUUCAAAAUUCAUUUUACCCAAUUCAAAGCCAAAAUCCCCCACCUCCUUCUCGUCUCUUGGUGGUGACAACAACCACUGUCUUCCGUCACGCUCUCCUUCAUAUCCAAAGUUGUGAUAGAAGUUUGACAAUCAACUAAGCCAGUUAGCCAGUCAGUAACUAUCUCUGCAAGAUGUCGGCUGGACCUGGACUAGAAUCCCUCGUCGAUCAGACAAUAUCAGUCAUUACAAAUGAUGGACGGAAUAUAGUGGGUGUCCUAAAAGGCUUUGACCAGGCGACAAAUAUAAUUCUUGAUGAGUCUCAUGAACGAGUUUAUUCUACUAAGGAAGGUGUCCAGCAGCUUGUUCUAGGUUUAUACAUCAUUAGGGGUGACAACAUAAGUGUUGUUGGUGAACUGGAUGAGGAUCUAGAUUCCAACCUAGAUUUGUCCAAGCUUAGAGCCCAUCCCUUGAAGCCCGUCAUCCACUGAAGCCAACUUAUGUUAGUUGUUAGGGCUUAGGAGUUGCUUGCUUGUAUCGAACUCAUGACCUUCGAGGGUGAGGAAAGAUCACAUCUCUAUUAUAUGUAAAAGUCAUGAAUUUAUUAACACAUUUCGUUAGCAUCAGUUUUGACAGAUAGCAUCAACAAUUUACUCACGAAGGAAAACGUAAAUUAGUGUGCUUCUCGUGUUAUAAACACUAUCUGUAAAAGUAUUGAGGAGUGAGGUAUUGCAUGUUUGAAUUGAACCUAUAGUCCAACAUAUCAAAUAUUUUGCCAAUUUAUAUGUUCUCAGCAAUUUUGAUAAAUAAUCAUGAAUGGGUUUUUCAAACAAUGAUGUAGCGAUUACAAUUUUCCUGUUAUGUACUUGAAAAACUCCCAACAUUGCAUUGGGAUGCAGGAUGAAGUGGAAUUAUCAGGGACCAUACUGGUGGAUGAGGGGUUUGGCUUGGAUGAGUGGUCAUACAAAAUUUAUGGUUCAACUUGGACCUUUUUGAAUGACUUAUUGGUGUGUUGGAGGGAUUAAUCAUUGCUAGGCCUGAGAAGUUUGCUCGAGAUUGAAUUGCAAUUGGAUUCAGAAGCUGUGGAUAGUUGCAAUGCGAAACUUUCCAAGGUUCAUUAUUGUGAAAACUGUAUAAUAUAUCUAGUAUAAAAAAAAUGUACAAACACUAUAGAGGAAAC